AGCAACCAACCCACAAGGAAGGGAGACUAGACGAAGCGCUGCCUGACCUUUCAGUAGAGCUUUUACGCAACCACGUGUGAGUUAAGUCUAUAUGCAGGUAUGUUUUACAAGGGAAAUCCAUAUCGGGCGUGCGCCGAAUAGGCGCCCGCCGCUGAGACGUCUACGAGGGGAACAGUGCAAGGGUAGGAUGGCGGAACAGGGUGAAAGGGUGAUUGCUCAGGAACCGCAGGGUCAGAGAGAGGAGAGGGGCCCGCCGGGCACAGAGGUCCAGCUUUUUGAUGAAGAUCGAAUCAGGUUACUCAUCGCGAAAUGUUACGAGGAUGGAGUCUUUCCGGAGCGGCUCAGGCAUGGAGAAUUCGUGAUUGAAAACAGGAUCAGAAUCUUCAAAGUCAACGCGCAGAUAGACCGUUUGACCACUGCUUGGUUAAAAGAGCGCACGGUUAUAGUAAUCUUUCAAGGGGCUGCUCGGGACUUGCCGCUGAAGGUACGGGAAGACUUAGUGCGGGCUUACGAAAACGGAUGGUUCCGUAGAAGAACGUUCGCCAGAGGCUUCAAGCGAGGGAGAGUACAUGGUGAGGGACCUAAUGUAAUGUCUUAUGUGGCCAAAUCCAGGGAGGUGGCUCAGUGGUUAAUAGCGAAAGGAGAAGACGCAGUUGUCAUCCGGGGAAUUGAAUACAAAUUGUUAUUCAAACCCUGGAUGACAAGAGCAGAACUGGACGAAAGAAGACGAAAUGAGGAAGCAACAAAAUUUUGGGUCUCGGCGCUUCGUGUACCAUUGAGAGUCAUGUUUCAUGUACCGGACCUGGUAACUCAAGCGAUGGCGGCCAUUCUGUUGCAACACCCUCCCGAGCCAGAUGCCUCUCGACCUAAAAUGAUGAAUAUGAAAUUUGAACUUGCAAGAGAAGCCGAGGAGCAUUUUGAACCGACCAUUUCGAUGCGAUUAGAAGACGGCGAAAUGUACAACGUCGAGUUCGUGUGUAAAAACACUCCGUGGUGUACUCGAUGUCGUUGGUGGUACCACACGGAGUCGGACGACUGCCCUAGAGCGGAUGAAGGAGAGGUCGAAGUAAGUAAUGGGAGGCAAGGUGGUGAUCGUAACCGACAACGGGGCUUUAACCAAGGAGAGGUGGUGUAUGAAAGGGGCAUCAGGGAUGCGGCCAGAGACUUGCCGAGCAACCAAGAUGGAGCCAGUGAUUCAAACUUGGUGGCUAGUAGUAGGGAGCAGAACAACCAGGGACCAGGGAGAUCUUUACAUCCGGAUGGGAGACAAAACCUUGUCGGAGGAGUAGUGAUAGAUCACGCAAGGGGGGAGGGAGGAGGAAGUACGCCGGCUCCAAGCGGAGGGUUUGUAGCAGGGACAGGCGGAGGCUUCACACCUGUAGCCGGGAUGGGAGCAGGGGAGCCAUGGAAUCAAGCAGGAAUGAUGGGAGAUCCAUAUCUUAAUCAAGCGCUUCAAUACCAGAUGUGGCAACAGCCGAUGAUGAGGGGCAUACCACCGAAUCAGUGGACAGGAGCGGGUUACAUGGGGGCGCAGGGGGUGAUUUCUUCAUAUCAGGGAUAUGUUGGAGACGGAGGGAAUACAGGGUAUCUUGCUGGACAAGACAUGGUAGUAGGAGGAUACCAGGGAGAAUUGGUGGAGAAGGUGGUAUCAAUCAACCGACAGGUUCCGGGCAGGGAUGGAGCUACACAGGCAGGGUCGUCUCAACAUUCGAGUACGGGAGGGAGAAGGGACGACUUGAGAGAGGAGGUGAGGGCUCUUGUGAACCCGAAAGGAGUAGAGACACGGACGGGGGACGAUCGACAAUACGAGGAGAAGUUUCUGCUACCCUUGGUAUGUACGAUGUUGGGGCAGGAGGCCUUCAUACUUGGUCUGAUUCAUAGGAACGGGCAAACGAUUCUGCCUGCAUCAGCCUUCUACGGUACCCCGGGCCCGAACAUGAUUGAAGCACGAGUCCGACAAAUGUAUGCUGAAAGAUUCAACUUCCGACUUGUUCAGACGGAGUCGGUGCCGAAGAUCACUGUCGAUACUCCGUCAGGCAAACGAAUCAAGUUCUAUGUGCCGCUGGUCGAUGCUAGAAUUCCAAUUCCUCACUAGGCAGGACUCCUGGUGGUCGGACUAACCUGCAUGCCUCUAAGAGUUCUUUUGGACAACUCGGCGUCCGAACUAUCGAAUGUGCUGGUGGAACCGGGACUGGUUGCCGACUUUCUGCCGACAUUAAAUGAUAAAAUGUCGUUGGACAAGAAUCUGGAGUCAGGCUAUAUACAAGAGGCAUUGCUUGAAAAAUGGCAAUCAACGUCGCCUCCUCCAGCAAACAUGGAUCACAGACAAGGCAACGAUGAGAGAAUCCAAGAUAACAAGGCUCCAGGCACGUCCAAUGGUCAGACUUAAAGUGGCAACCUACAAUGUGUAGGGGCUGGGCGACACGGGCGGAAGGCAAAAGGGUAGAAGGUUGAAAUCUUGGAUUCACGAGAAGUCUAUAGACGUGAUCCUCCUACAGGAAACAAAACUCUCGGAGACUA